AUGACUAUUGUUGGGGCAGCCGAUCCCAGCGUUGGUCUCGGUGGCUUCCUAACAGGUGGAGGACACAGCCCUCUCGGCUCUCUUCACGGCAUGGCCGUUGACAACAUCCUGGAGUUGUCUUUGGUAACUCCAACCGGUGACAUCAUAACAGCCAGUCCUUGCCGAAAUUCCGAUAUUUUCUGGGCUGUGAGAGGAGGAGGCGGGGCAACCUUUGGGGUCCUUGUGAAUGCAACCCUACGAGCGUACCCGGUACCGACCAUAGCAUUGGCAAGGUUUGAGUUCAACUCUAGUCUUGUUGAGGCGACAAGUAACAGCAACAAUGCCUUUUACGCUGCCGCAGCCUCAGUCAUCGCAGAUAUGCCUACACUAUACUCGAAAGGGCUUGCUGGAUACUUCUCCUUGAUGCCUAUCAGUACCCCCAACGACAGCUUGCCUCAGAUGAACUUUGCGUUUUUGAUCUAUCUCUUGAAUGGCCCUCUUGGGCAACUACAGGGAGCUUUGGACCCAAUUAUGAGCCGAUUAAACACCACUCCGGAGCUGACAACGUCGAUAACAACGCAAUACGUUCCCAACUACCUUGGCUUCCAGUCGUCAUUCUUUGUAGCUGAUAAGGUUGGGAACAAUCGUCUUACUUUCUCUAGUCAAAUGCUGCAGGGAACAUGUGUUAGUGGUGAGGGCGUACGGAACAAGUCAAGCGAUGAUAGUGCCUUGAAUCCUGUUUGGAGACGUACUGUGGUAGAGAUGAUGAGUGGCAUACCCUAUCCUCUGGGAGCGGAUGCAUCAAAACGAGACAAUACGAUGACGCAGGCUGACAUGCUUUCAACAGCACUCAGCGAGCAAGCCCCAAAUAUGGGGACGUAUUCAAACGAAGCUUGGAUCCACCAGGCUGACUUUCGCAAGGCAUUCUGGGGCGAGCACUACGCGAGGCUGUUGGCGAUCAAAAGGCGCAUUGAUCCCAAGGGGGUUUUCUGGUGUCAGUGGUGCGUCGGAGCUGAAGAUUGGAUGCUAAGUGACGAUGGUGCUCUUUGUAAAGCGUAA